CGGCGGAGCGGCGGAGAAACCCCCGGUUAAACCCCGGUUAAAUCCGGUAAAACCCCGCAGAGGAAGACCGUGUGCUGUAGUACCGCGGCUAGGCUAACCCGCUAACCGCCGCUGUCCUCAGUAAUGUCCUUUAACGAUGUCUACCGCCUCUAAACUGGUGCUCGGAGUCUCCGUAGUUCUGACGGUCAGCACGGUGAUCGGAGUUCACCUUAAACAGAGCCAGGACCAGCAGAAGCUGCGUGAGGGGGUGGUGAGAGAUUUGGAGCGUUUGAGGAGGAAGCGUGAGAAUCUGGAAGCUCUGGAGGAGCAGAUAAAGCUGACCCAAAAGCUUGUACUCGAACGAGAACGACAGGAAGCCGCCAGGGGGUCCUGAGGGGCCCGUCUGAGUAGAAGGAGACAUGGACAGUGGGGAUCAGAGGAGUCUGACGGGGCAGGAUGAAGAUGCUUUGUGCACAUCAGCCUCAGAGGGUCUGGAGGAGGGAGAGGUGGAGGGAGAGACCCUCUUGAUUGUGGAAUCGGAGGACCAGGCGUCCGUGGAUCUGUCCCACGACCAGAGCGGUGAUUCUCUGAACAGCGAUGUGGGAGAGGACGGAGAUGGCAGCUGGAACGAGGACAUGUCCUUCUACUGCGACAAGUGCCACAAGUGGAUCGCUUCUGGUGAGGGGACGGCACAGUGCCCACGAGUGAUGGGGGUGGCAGGGAAGUGGCUGGCGGUUCCUUAAACCAGCCAUCGGCCUCAUAAACAUGUACUUCACCAUACAUAUAUAUCACAAUACACAAUAUGUAGUUCACAAACUUUACAUAGUUCACAAGUAUGGAGUCGUGGAUGUGUAUACUGACCUUCUCAUCUCAAUAAAGUCUUUUCCUGAAAGGCAAA